GGACAGUGGCCAGCACAUGAGACUCUUUGCCCUGCCCUUAGGCCUCUUCAGCCUGUGGAUCUUCGUGUGAAGGAACGCCUCUUUGGUGGCAGGGACGGGGAGAAUUAAGCAAGAGAUGUGGGUUCACUUGCCCUGUGUAGGGGCUUAUCUUGGGCUAAGCUGAGGGACUAAUAGCAAAGCCAGCCUCCACUCUAGCUGGUCUAAGGGCACAGAGAGCCAUCUGUCCACUCUGUUGAUAACUGAAAACAAAGGAAGUAAACACUGAACACGGACAACAAACUAAGAGGUUAUUCCAUUAGGAGCUGCCCGAUAUAAAGGAGAGGAGUGAAUGGUUUGCAAAUAAGGUUUAGAAUGGCAGCAAGGAGUUCAUCAUUCAUUGGUUAAUCAAUGAGCCUCUCUUCUGACACAGAAUGCCUCCACACAUUCUUCAUUUGUUCUGCAUAGACAACAAAGAUUGAAUUCACAGUGUCUUCCGAGCUGAAAUUGUGGGUCAGUACAUUGGAGACCUUCACACACAUAUCACUUGAUUGAGCUCUCCACAGUGGCAUCCUUUGUGUGUUAUCAUAUCCAAGGGAGUCACACAUCUUGUGUUAAGCCGGAACCAAAGACUCAGUCCCAUGUGAAGAUUGCACCUCGUGAUAGGCUUAUCUUCCUUCCACUCACAACCACAGGAUCAGGAGAAAAACCUCACUGGUCCAGUCUCAGUGCCCUGAUGUGAUUCUGAACAUCUUUACAGAUAUAAAUCAGUUUUAUUUCUGCUGGAGAUUUAUGCAAUGAUGAUGCGUUCAAGGAUUUUGUUAUAAAAGCCAUCGCUACUACAUUAUUACGAUAUUCCUUUUUCAGCACUUUUAAUCUGAAGGCGGCGGCACGGUGGUUGAUUGGUUAGCCCAUCUGCCUCACAGGACCGGGGUUCAAAUCCCGGCCCCGCCUGUGUGGAGUUUGCAUGUUCUCCCCGUGCCUGUGUGAGUUUUCUGCGGGUACUCCAGUUUCCUCCCACAUCCCCAAAAUAUGCGUGGUAGGUUGAUUGAAGACUCUAAAUUUCCUGUAGGUGUGAAUGUGAGUGUGAAUGGGUGUUUGUUUCUAUGUGCCCUGCGAUUGGCUGGCGACCAGUUCAGGGUGUACCCGCCUCUCGCCCGAAGAUAGCUGGGUUAGGCUCCAGCUCGCCCGCGACCCUAGUGAGGAUAAGCAGUACAGAAAAUGGAUAAUCUGAAGGCAUUCUUCCAAGAAGUCACAGUGGCAAAUGAUAUGUUUCUGGUAUCCCCCAGGCAGCAGCAACUUUACAAUAAUAAAAGGGCAUUCAGCAGUGAAAGUGAUGACAACAACGUCUCCAUUAACUAUCCAUCUACGUUAUAGAUGUCCUUGAAGCACCUGGAAUCGUGGUAGAUCUCUUGUCUAAACUGUUUUUAUUCAUUUGCAGAGUAUUUACAUAAAAGUUGUGAAAACACAGGGCAUGUCUGAGAGGGAAGAAAUGGCCUCAGAUGGGAGCCUGAAUGUUACACUGACACUGAGGCUGUUGAUGCAUGGAAAGGAAGUUGGCAGUAUAAUUGGAAAGAAAGGGGAAACAGUGAAGAAAAUGAGAGAGGAGAGUCGCGCUCGCAUCAACAUAUCAGAGGGAUCGUCUCCCGAGAGGAUAGUAACCAUCACAGGACCCACAGAGGGAAUCUUCAGAGCUUUCUCCAUGAUUGCACAAAAGUUUGAGGAGGAUAUAACGGCGGCAAUGGCAAACAGCAACGUGACUAGCAAUCCGCCGGUGACACUUCGCUUGGUUUUCCCAGGGAGCCAAUGUGGCUCGCUGAUUGGAAAAGGAGGAUCUAAGAUCAAAGAGAUCCGAGAGACCACAGGCGCCCAGGUUCAGGUGGCAGGAGACAUGCUGCCGGAUUCGACCGAGAGGGCUGUCACAAUAUCUGGCACUCCACAGGCCAUCACUCAGUGUGUAAGACACAUCUGCUCCAUCAUGCUGGAGUGUCCUCCAAAAGGAGCAACUAUUCCCUACCGCCCAAAGGCCAUACUUGCUGGAGCCCAUGCAGUGUUAGCACAACAGCACUCCGCACCAGCAUUUGCACUUCCAGGGCAAUAUGCUUUUGCUCAUCAUGAUUUGACCAAGCUUCACCAGUUGGCUAUGCAGCAUAUUCCCCUCCCUUCCCUUGGGCAGAGCAACCCUACCUUCCCUGGAUUGGAUGCGUCCGCCCCCACAAGUUCACAGGAGCUGGCAAUACCUAAUGAUUUUAUUGGCUGCAUAAUUGGAAGACAAGGCAGCAAGAUCAAUGAAAUUCGCCAGGUCUCGGGAGCUCACAUCAAAAUUGCCAGUGCCACCGAUGGCUCGGCUGUGCGCCAAGUCACGAUCACAGGCUCACCGGCAAGCAUCAGCGUUGCCCAAUACCUCAUCAGCGCCAGGCUCUCAUCAGGGCUCACAGGCUUGGGUGUUCUGUAGUAGCGUGGCACUGUUGCAGUUCUGAUGGGAUUAUUCUAAAGCCACACUGGAUUCUAGUGGAUUUCACUCUGCACAGUAAUCCUGUAGAGCAGGACUGGUCCAAACAACUCAUUUCUUGUUUCUGCUUGUUUUUGUUAAAUCUCCAUCACAACCGAUUAACCAUUUACGUCAGAAACUGACGCAGUACAGUUAUUGUGAAACAUUUUUUUUCAUGCGUUCUUGAUGAUGGUCUGUGCUGAAACAUUGCAAUUUUGUAAUGCUUGAUGUUUAUGAUAUGGAUUUGGAAUAAAUGUGACCUUUUGUUAAUAAAAGAUGGUUGUUUUUUAUCAGCGGAAUUAGAAUGGUCUAUUAUGCAAAUGGUUUAUUA